CCUGUUCAUGCUAAUGGUUUAUGUACAAUAACAAAAGAGAGAGAUGGGAGUGCACAGGGGACCACUGGUGAUGGGGGAGAAAAGUCUUGGGGAAUUGCCCGAAGAAACAAAGGAGAAGGCUUGUCAAUGUCGCCUUGGCAGCCUUCACACUGCAGAGGAGUACUGCCAUCACCAAACACUGAAGAUGGGAAAGAUGCACCACACAGCUUCUGGACGGUACUUCGAGUUUGUCUCUUUUGUGCAUCUUAUGCCAUAUCACUGGCUGCAACUGUCAGAUGUGUUUCUAGUUCACCAGUAUGUUAUCGCAAUGGAUGGAUUGGACUUCAUAUUUGUAUCCAUUGGAGGUGAUACAAAGAUGGGUCACUAUGCGUCCUUGCAUGUUGAUUGGAUGGAAGGUAAGUUCUUUGUGAGACAGGGGAUUGGUGUGACAUUGGACGGUGAGAACUGCCUGAGAGUGAAGAUCCAGUGGGGUACGUGGAGGGAGUUGGCGGUCAAGGUGGAUGAAGAUGGAAUUCUACAUGUGGGCAUGGAGGGACUUGGUCAUUGCACAUGCCGCUGGCAAGGCUUGGUGACCUGGCUGCUGAUCCAUGUGGUACACCUGAAUGUGGCCACUACUUCGCCAUCACAAGUUGUGACUUCGGGAGGAAAGGAAGAGAGUGAGGAGGGGGAAGGCAAGUCAAGUUCUGUCUUGCCAUGUUCGCAUUCAGAAAAACGAUCAGACCCCUGCGGAGGAAGGAAAAGUUCUGUAGAGGGACUUGGUCAAGAACUGAGGAGUCCCGGUCAUGGACGAGGUAGACGACAAGAAGAGGGCAUUACAUCUCCUUUGCAUGGGGGCUUCGACCAGUCGGGCCAUAACCAGUCUCCAAGAGAGAGACUUCUGCAGGGUGUGCGCCUGGGCACGGCUAGGCCUGACUGCAACGGAGACGAGAAUUGCAAUUCGAAAAAGGCUUACGAUGGAUGCCGAGUUAGUGGCUCAGGUAGAACAUGUGACAUGCCUGCUCUCACCUCCCGUGAGAGGUGUGCAAUGUCGCAAAUAAGGAGUUCAAUGCUUAAUGUUCGUCGAAGGGGGCUGAAAACACUCUUGGAUCUCUUAGUAAGGAGUGACAUAGAGGAUGAUGUUGUCGAUGCACCUGAUGCUGUAGUAUCAGAUACAACUCAUAGGUCAGUGGCUGGCUCUACCCGCCAGGAGACCUAUCGGUGCUCCGCACCGCUCCAUGUUCAAAGUAAUACAUGUGAAAGGGAGUGUAGUUUUCAGAGGGGCACUGCAAAUGAAGGACGGGGGCAAAGGGGAGUAGGUGUAGAGGGUAAGGAGAACAGGGUACCAUCAGGUAACAGAAAUGUAGAUCUCAACUGUGAGGAUGUAAUCAACAACAAUUGUGUGGGCAGCGGAGGAUUUGCGAGUUCUAGGUGCCGUAGGCAGAGAGUUCCUUUACUGAAGAUGCCAGUUACACAGGGAUCAAGUGACAGGAAAGCAGAUAGGAAGACUAGACAGUUGUUGGAAGUUCACAAUGCAUCUAUCACUGAUGUAGGUGUGUUGGAACGCUCCCCGUGCAGUGUGAAAAACAAUAACUCUCAAUUCGCAGGGAGUCAAGAAAGUGCAGAUACAGGUGGCAAGAAAUCUUCGGCAGGCGGGAGGGUUGACUCAGCAGCUGAAGGUAGAGGAACAUUACUCGUGGGUGUAGACAUUCGGCAAAAUGAGAGCAUGACCCGGACUGUUCUUACCACUGGUGAGAAGAAUCAGUAUCAGGAGAUUGUGGAUGGCAGCAAUCAGCGGCCAACGUCAGGCACACGACAUGAGAUUGAACAUUGUCAUGAUUUGCAGAAAAGUGAAGAGUUUGCAACAGAGCAGGAGGAGGAGGAGGACUUGGAGGAGGAGGAUGGGGAAGAGGAGGAGGAGGAGGAGGAGGAAGAAGAGGAAGAAGAGGAAGAAGAGGAAGAAGAAGAGGAACAGGAAGAAGAAGAGGAAGAAGAAGAGGAAGAAGAAGAGGAAGAAGAGGAGGAAGAAGAACAACAACCACAGCAACAACAGCAGCAUCAAGAAUUGAUACGAGAGUCACGGACUGCAAAGCAAGAUGUUGCAUCAAGAGAUGUGAAGAAAAGGGAGAGGUCCUUGAGCAAGAAUGGGUGUGGCAAGGGUCCCAACCAUGAAAGUGGCAAGCAGUUGUGGGGAGAGCCCUUUCCUAGCCAGUGCAGGGAUCUCAAAUUGUGCAAGAGGCCCAUUUUCUUGACAGUUCGGCAUCUCGUGCGGUGGGUUGAAGGUGGGUUUGUUAGUGCCCUUGUCUAUGAGAUUGCAGGAUGCACCGUACUGAAGAGUGGAGGUGAGCAGCAGAUCAUUGUGGAUUGCAAUGGAAAGUGGGAUAGUGGGAUCGCAUUCAGUCAGGUGAAAGCUGCUAUAAUGUUGCUGGUGGAGACAAUCCCCCAGAUAGUGGUUCGCCUUUUUGUCAAAGCGGCCAUCAAAUCACUUUCUGCUUGGUCAUCAUUUUUGGAGAAAGACUGUGAGUGUGAAGGAAUAACUGAUAGAGGUAGUGCAUGUAAGGAAACUUGUACAUAUAGUAGACUCAGUUGUGUUAACGUACAGCAAAGUUCUUAUGCUGAUGGAUGGGGAGGGCAGGGGUUUGCAGGAGUGGGAGGUCAUCAGGUAUGUGAGGAUCAGCACACGCAUCUUAGAGCAGUGUCGCAGCUGAGAGCAGCGAAUGCAAACGGAGAAGCUGGUCGGAUAAGGAGACCGGCCUAUAAUGACGGAGAGAGGUGCAAAGGGCUGUUACAAGUAUGUGAGCUUCUGUAUGCUGUGAGCAAGAGAUCCUUGAUGUCGAACAGAGAGAUUGUUUGUAGGAGUGGUGUGGGUUUGUUGCUUCAAGUGUAUGGAUGGCUAAGUCAAAUCAAGUAUGACUGUGGGAAGUCGUUGUUGAGCUACCGAGCUAGAGAAAAUAUCGGAGUUGCUCUAGGCAACAGAGGCAAGGAUCAGCCUAGGAACAAUGGGCUAUGUGACGAGGAGUGUACAGGCAGUAUCCCUGGUCAGGUGGGACGAAUGGCAGGCGGCAAAGGAUCACCUGCAGGUGCUGCUGCUGCUGGAGGAGAAGGUUUCAAGAAUGUGAUGCCUGAAGUUUGUGACAAGCAGGAGAAGCUUCUGAGUGAUAGGGUGGAAAAGUGUCAGCAUGAUGUAUCUACCAAGAAUGGUUCUGUAUCAGUGGGUACAAGAGAGCCACUUAGCCUUGCAGCCACUGCUGCAAGACCUGCGGUAUUACCAGAGGCUUCUGCAAUGAGUCCCAGAGGUGAUGAAGCCUGGCCAAGCUCUCCGAAAUUCUUGCUCACUAGCAAUCAGUUACCAAACAAAAUUGGCAGCCCCGCGAGCAGAAACAGGCAGGGACAGCGUCACCCAAGCAUCUCCCCACCGGUACACAGGGAUGUUGCGGCUGCGGGGGAGACAGGACGAAUGGCUUCGGAUGUGAUGAUUGCAAGUCAUCCCGAAAGUGGCUUGCACAACCAUAUGCGAACAAUGGGCACUAACGACAAUGUUGUCACUAGCAGCAGUGAUUUCUUUGUCAGACACAAUGCUGGUCCCCAGGCUGCCUUGUUGUCCUCACCCUCAUCCUUCUCUUCGGACUUUGACCAAUGGGAUGGCAGUCAUGAAUGCAUCCUCACAGCACAGCAUGGUCCAACUGCUUCAUUUGAGGGUUGCAUCCCUGUCGGGUUCUUUUCUCCCGUUGGAAACAGGGGAGCAGGAGGAAGAUGGUUCCCCACCCCUCGCAUUGGCCCAAGAAGUCACUUGUCCGCGAUGGGAACUCAAGUGGUGUCUGGGGCUGAUGAUCGCGCAACCAGUCCCACGAGGGGACAGAUGUCGACACCUAUGUUUAAGAAAAGAGCUAUGAGCGAAGUACUGCCGGACACAUGGCGGUACCCAGUUGAGGACUUCAACACCAAAGGGUUGUCGGUUCUCUCAAAAGUAGCGGCAGAAAGUGAUGUCCACGUUGACAAUUUGGAAGAAGAGAAUUACCACAGUCAGGGCGCAGUAAGCAGAGGAGGGAGCACUGUGAGGAUAGCUCCUGUAGAAAAGUUUGGUUUGAUGGCGGAAUCAGCAUCACAAGUAGUAGGAGGAGAGGGACCUAAUCGGGGUUCCUUGAGAGUCCCAAAGCUAACUCUCCCUCCACAGCCCUUGAUUGGGGCCCAAACUCGAUCAUCUAGGAGGUCUUCAACGACUACUGAUCGCUCCAGAGUAGGGACGCCCCUACCUAUUGGCUGGGCAGCGGGGGAAGGGGUUGUGUCUGUUAGAGGAAGGCUUACUGCCCCUGGAUGGGGGCCAAGUGUACCAGCGGCAUCGGCUGCUGUGCCGAAGCUGGUGCUUGCAAGACCCGGCAGUGGUUGGGUUGGGGUUGGCUCGAAGAAUGCGCGCCUCAUGUCAGGAACAGCCAACAUCAGUAACUUCCAAAAGGAAAACCAGCUGAAUUCGCCAACGAGGCUUGCCCAGGUUUCAUCACCUGAGAGAAUGGUCAACUCCACAUGUCUGGCGCAACGUUGGAGUGGGGCGGCUGGACAGGGGGCUUGGGAUGGUGAAAAUCAUCCAAUGGUGGCGAAGAGGGCACAAGGGCAGUUGGCGCAACUUGGAAGGGAGCUUGGUGAAGCUUUGAUGAUGUGCGACCUCACGAGCAUGAUCCUGCACAAGCGGAUGAGAGAGGGGACAAGAAUCUUAGCAGAUAUGCUGGGGGGUCCUUUCGUAUCCGAAAUGGGAGGAAAUGCAGGAUCAACAGUGAUGAGGCAUGGGGGAGAUGGUGCUGUUUUCGUUGUUCAAGAUUUUCAAGUGGGGCAGAGAAAACAAGCGAGGAGUAGAAUGACAGAGUCGGCAUGUGAUCCAGGAAUGAGUAACAAAUGGGAAAAAGAGCAGAGGAAGGGUGUUCUGGAUCCAGUGAGUCCCAACACUCUGACUCGGAUUGAGCCAAAUGAUAUCAGUCCCUCUGCUCGCAGACAGGGCCAGCAGAGGGAUGAACUGUGCUGCCACAACGGGACUGGCAGUGCCAGGAUAGAAUUAGUUCCAGAUAGUGGGAAAAGCGGGUCACUAGGCAUGGCGACUUCUUUGUCCCGAGCUGGAGUUGCUGAGCUAGUGGUUCCGAGAUCUGGGAGAUGGAGGGAGAACGAUGGAGUUGCGGGACGAGACACUGGCAAUCGGGCGGAUUCCACAAACACCUUGUCUCCGAAACCUGACAGAACUGCACUGUCGGACAGGGCUGUUAACCAGGAAAGUGUUGAUGUGAGAGCUGCAGGCUUGAGCAAUUGGGACUGUCCUUCAACUCUAAGGAGUGAGAAGCAGAUGAUUUGCUUGUGCGCUGUUAAGGUUGCAGUUCUGAGAGCGCUGAAGCUGGUCUUGACCUCUACUCUUUCCCAUUCCUCCAGAGAAGUGUUCGUAGGACAAACAGAAGCAGUUGGAUUGCAAGCUUUGGUGGAGAAUGUUAUUCUGGACAUGAGGUGUGACAAGAGGAAGUGUUGUAGAGAUGAGGAAGAGGAGAGACGCCUCGCAUAUGCCAUAUUACAUUAUGUCGAAUGUCGAGGUGAGCUGCCAGAUUACCUUCGCCAGAACACCUUUUGUGGCCAUACCACCACUGGACUUGGAAAAAGGGCUAGACUAUGUGCCACCUCUUCCGUGAUGUAUUGGAACCCGUCAAAUUACUGCGACGUCAGGCAUGUGGAAGUGUUGUUGCAGGCAGUUAGUCAGGGCCUGGAGAGACUUGUUGUUAGUGUACUAGAAAGCAGGUCGAAAAGGGCAAAAAUUUCAAGAAGGAAAAUGUCCCAAGUUGCAACUGGGACUAUGCCAAAGGAUUUGGAGGAAGCUUGCAUCGACAUCAUACACCUCCUUGGGGUGUUGGAGGAGUGCUUGUGUGCAUCACCUUUGCAGCGUUGUAUCAGUUCGAUUCUGGUGCAGAUCUGUGGCAGUUCUUUGGGAAGGCUUGUGAAUUUGAUUAGAGAGGAGGUUUUCGGGGGUGAAAAGUUGGCAGAUGGUCCCCUUGUCAUUGAUAUUGGAUGGGGAAGCCUUUGGCCAGCUGUUAUGGUGAUGUGGCUUAGUCUGAUGUCUGCAUUGGUUUCCAGAGGAGGGACUUCAACCAGGGCAUUGAGUUUCCGAUGUGAAUGUAAGGGUUGCGGACAGCUGCUAUCUCUGCAAAGUGUGAGGGCAAUCUGUGGAGGAAAUGAGGAGGGAAAGAGCAGAUGCCGUUAUGAUCAGCUGAACGACAACAUGACCCACACAGCAAACGUAACUGAUGCUAGGGCAACGGGGAAAAAAGGAGAACCGAACAUAGAGGCAGAGCGGAACUCUACUGACGGAGGGAAACAGGAAGAAGCUCCUGAGGCACUGGAGCAGGAACUUGGAGAAGAGGAUGGGAGAGCGGGAGAAAGUCAUUUGCUGAGAUGUAAGGAUACAACGACGUUGAUGGAAAAUGGUGAUGCUGUUAAGGGGAGGUGCAUGGGUGAGGGGGUGAAUGUCGUGCACAGGUUCUUGGCCAAAACUUUGUUCGGCAAAGGUCAGGGUGAAUGCAUCCAGUUGAUAGAGAGCUUCGCCAACUGGGCAUUUCUGCAGAUGACAGCGGGCUGCGACGGCCAGAAGACGCACUGCAGCGUUGGUGGGGAAAGUGAAGAAGUGAGCUCUGCUCGUCAGAGGGUUACGCAUGAACGGGGGACGAGCAUCGGAGGAUAUGGCGCAAGGAACCCAAGCAGGUCUGUGCCUACAGAUUCUUGUGCUAUGCAAACCUCUGAAACACAUUGUCUGGCACUACUGAGAUGGUACCGCUCCGUUCUCCCACUUAUCAGACAUUGGGCCACAAACUUGGAUGAGCUGUGCAAUCUCAUUGUUGUGGACAGAGGUGAAAGCCAUAAUAAGGAAGGCGGCAUCACGUCUGCACAACUUGGCUUCCAAGUUGGGCAAUUGCUAAGCUCGGAUUGGCUGAUGGAGCCAGAAAAUGGAUGGCUUUCGAGGAUUCUUGCAAGGGGAGGAGUAGGGGGAGGAAGCAAUGAUAACCUGUGUAAGGAGUACAGAAACAGCAAGAUAAGCACACCGUUGAGUAUCGGUGGCAAGCAUGCCAAGGGAGGGUCAUCUGGUGGAAAGCACAGGCGAGAAAGAGGUGGUGGCGAUCUCCAGCAAACUGGACGAGGCUGGAAUACCGCAGAUAGUCCUGGUGGUGGUGAGCUUUGGCAUGCCAGAACAACGGCUUCAAAUAUAUGGAUUCCAAUGCAUUACGAUUCUGUCAGCAUUGAGGCUUUGCAUCUCAUCAUAGACACGUUUGACUGGUUCCCAGCAAUGUCUGGAGAGGGAAGAGAAGGAUGUGCCAGCCCUGCUUCACUUGGUAUACUGGGACAAGAAAAGAAGAGAGCAUCAAACAUCGGGGCAGCUGAGAGUGAAAAACUUGGAAUGGGAGGAGUUGUUUGCAAUAGUGGGGGAAGAGAACCCUCUGGAGAUGCGGACACUCUCCAAAGUGCUGUGGUUAGUGAUGCUGGAGGCACUACUGAAGAGAAGAAGGGAAAGGUGCAUUACCAUGCGUGGUGUCAAAGCUCUUUGAACAGUUGUAGCGGUAGACUGCUGCGAAAAUGGGAUGUUGUAAAUGGUCCAGGUAUUCAUAGUUGUGCUGGCCUGCUGGGUGGGCAUUGCCUUACUUCGAAUCCUUUUCUGACGAAACACUACACUGAUCCAUUCAUAUAUUACCACUUCCUUUGCUUUGUGAAGCUUUAUAACUCGCAGGGUGCUGCGGAUGAACAACUUAGAAGUCCUCUGCUACUUGUCAAAGAGGAAAACCAUUCUAGCACUACCUUCCGUGACUGCAAAUCUUCUUCCCGGAUUGUCCGUGGCACAGUUCUGGAAGGCAAAGGUAAUGUGACUAGAUCAGGUACAGCUUCUGCGUACACACGUGUAGAACCCCAAAGCCCAGUUCACACCUCAUCAUCGGCACAUGGGGAGGCGUGGUCCACGAGACUGUGCACAGAAAGGCUGGUAGGAAGGUUUGAUAUUGAAGAUGCAGGAAGAUGGGGACAGGAGAGCCGGCGUGGUCGUAGUAGGAGUACAGAUGAAGUUCCGCCAGACUUUGCAAGUUUGUCUGGUGGCGACAAAUCUUCCUCAAGGCUGUGCUCGACUUCCAACUACGGCAUAAUCGACGGCUCAACAACCUUUGCCGGGAGCGAAUUGCUCGCAGAGGAUGCUUGUGAGCUUCAUAUCAAAGCUCUCUUGGCCAUUGCACAGAGUCGAUCAGAGUCGGCGAGCUGGAAGUUAUAUCAGCUUCGGGUGAUGGAUUUCCUGGUGCACGAGAUCGCUUUGGAAUAUGAGGUUUCCAAAUUUGACAUGGGACGCACCACCCCACCUCCUCCUCAAUAUCAGAUGGCGCCCACUCCUGCUCUCGGCUCUGCUCCUGGGAUUGCUCGUGAGACCUUGCAUGAAAGGGGUCCAAGACUUGGAAAGUCCAACGAUGAAUCUGGCAGUUCUCGCAGGCAGGCUCAACAACAGAGCUAUAACAGCACUGCAGCCCAAGCAAGGAAGGGCGCUGCAGCUGGGCAGAUUAUCUCUAUGGCUGGCAACAAUGACAGUGGUAAUCUCAACUGUGCAAGCCAAGGGCAGAUGGAAGGCUCUAAUUGGGGCACUAAUGAUGAGACGAUGAGGCGAAGGCCUGCUACUCCAACCGGUAAGACAUGCAGUAACAUCUCAGAGUCUCCCACUGACAAACACUGGGGGGACGUAACAUCCCCAUCCAUGAAGGUACGGAUUCCCAGGUUAGAGUUGAGGGAUUGCUCUAGCAGCAGUUUCAGCAUUGGAGGAGGAGGAGGAGGAGGAGGAGGAAGGAGUGAUGAGAGGUGCUGCAGCAUGCGAUUUGGUUGCCUUAAGCCUGUUGAUAGCAAAGCUGAUGUGAGCCAUGCCGCUAUUGGUGCCAGUGACUCCAGGUCGAUGGUAGACUUAUUGACAUUCAGUGACUGUAAUCUUAGACAUGUUGAUGAGCAGAAUUAUGGCUACAGUUCAACUGAUGGCGUAGCAAAUGGUGGUGCUAACGAUGACAAAAAGGAGGAAACCAUAGAAAAAAAACGCAGCAGUGGUCACCAAAGCUGCAAGGGCAAUCCUUCAGCUGGGAGGGAAGACCCAUCUCAACAACCAGUGGUAGACAGCCCUGCUGUACAUGAAUCCCGAGGUUCACCUGUAGGAUCAGAUGAAUCUACAUUGAAGUUGCAAAGGAAAUGCAGUACUCAACUCACUACUACUCGAGUUCUCAGCAACCCCAGGGCUGCUGGUUGUGCAGAGCAAUCACGAGAGCCAUGUUUUCCUUCGUCUUCAAAAUUUCCGGAUGGAGAAGCUGUUGUGAAGAAAACUGCUACGGGCAUGAUAGUGAUUCCAAAAUUGGGAAUAUCUAGGCUAGGUAACAGGAGAGAGAGCUUGAAAUCCAACCUUCUUCUGUGUGGGGUAAUGGAGGGGGAGCGUGAAGGUGAGGAAGAGGAACACAAAGACAGUCCUGAUCAACCUAUGCAUCCACAAGCAGCAGCAGCAGCAGCAGCGGGAGGAGGCGGGGGAGGAGGAGGAGGAGUAGGCGUGCAGGCCACACUCAUCACGAAUAGUGAUCGAGAGGACUCCAUGGCUGCCUCAGGGAGCAGGGAGAACUGCUACACUAUUUCUGACGGUUCAAUGAAUAGGGAGAUCGGUGACACAGAGGAUGCAUCAAUUCAAGGCAUUGAGCUGAAGUAUGCUGGCCGAUGGGUGGACCUGAAUGAUGAAGUGGAGAAGGAAGAGAUGGCUAUACCAUCUGGUGGUGAUCAGGUAUGCAUGGUUCCCCAUACCAAUCUUAAUUUGGGGAGCGAAAGUCGCCCCAUGUCAGGGGAACGUGAUUACGGUCCUUGCAGCGGGGCAAGUGCAAGGGUGGGGGCCAGUGAACCUUCUAGAGCUUCUGAAGAUAAAGACCAUUGCAGCUACGAGGAGGAGCAAGUAUAUAGGGAGGAAGAUGUAGUUGAAGAGGAGGAGGAAGGUGACAAGGAUGAAAAUCGCACAAAGCUCGAACCAUAUCCAGAGGAGACCACACCGUCAAACCAUAGGAAGAGGGAUGAGUGGCGAUCCACUGUCCUUUCAGAGGUUGGGAGGGUUUCUGCGGGUUGGCAUCCAGGUAGGGACUCCAUUGAAAGGAAUGAUUUAAAAGCGGGAUUGAAGAAGGACGUGGUACCCCCUUUAAAGCUUUCCUUGAUUGACAGGCCUGGUGAGGGGUGGGAUAGCAGAAUGACAGCGGAAGUAGAGGUCCAGGGGGAGGAACAGAAGGUCGCCAAGCACAAAAUGUCGGAACGAAAAGGAGAGGGAGCUCCUGGAUUGCUAUCAUCAUCAGAUCGAAAAUCGUCUUCCCGACGGAAGCAACUGGGCAUGAUGAUGAGGAAGGAUUUUGAGAGGCAGCUUGGGAAUGAGACUCCUACAAUCUCUGGAGCAGAGGACAAUGACAAACAACCAUCUUCUGCAAUUGCUAAAGAAGCUUGGAGUGCACACAAACACCCUUGGCAAGUACUCGGAUGCAAAGUGACGAUGAUGGGGGAUAAGGAUGGGAGUUGGAAGUAGUGUUGUGCCGUUUGACAAGCAGGUACCUAGUUUGUCAGGCCGAGUUCCAUAGAUAAACAGUAUUUGCUGAG